AGGCGAAGGAAGAGUGUGUGGUUGUAAGUGUUAUUAGGUUUCGAAUGACUGCCGCUAAUAGACUCCUGCUCCAUUGGAUCUGUGCUCGCUUAAUUUUUUUAGUCGCGUCGUGUUUGAUAUUGUGCGUGUAGCUUGAUACCGAAUACAAUACAACAUUACUUUAGUCGAGAGUAGUCUCGCCGAAUACUGUGAAGUACAUGAAGUUAACCUUAGGAGAGUUACCAAAGUAUAUUUGCAGUAGAGUAUCGGAAAGAAGCAUUUAUUAUCAAUGGCAGAUACGGAAUACUCAGACGGCAUCAAUGACAUUGUGUAUUGUAGUGAGGAGAAGCGUGUUGCCGUUUGCUCCAAUGACAUGUCUGUGGAGAUUUGGGAGAAAGCGAUGAGUGUACCAGGACAAAAAAGAACAGAAUGGUUUCCGAUUACAUCUUGGAAGGCACAUUCUAAACCAAUCCGAAGAGCUACUUGGGCCCCGCGUAAGUAUGGAACGGUUCUGGCAACGUGCUCUUGUGAUGGAACUGUAGCUGUCUGGGAGGAAAAAAUCACAAAUGCUAAAAUAAACCUUUAAACAGUGACUUUAAAAACAUAUUUCCAUGACACUCGCGCAGCAUUACAACGUAAAGUUUGCCCCCGA